GGAUUGAUUUCUAGUUUGUUAUGAGUUUUCAAAAAAAUGGUGGUUAUGUGAUAUUGUCAGUUGAUUAUGUUGAACUAAGAUAUUGAGUAAUAAAAUUAAAUAAAAUAAAUGUUUGCUGCUCUUGUGAAGCCGGUUUGGGCAUUUAUGCACUCAAUGCGUUUAAUUUUCGUAUUCAUAUUAAAUGCCACUUAUCAUGGAGGGCGUUCGGUUUUUUUAAUAAUUAAAUUUAUAUUCGACUUAUUCAAGGAAAUUUUCACAGCAUUGAACAUAUUCGGCGAAGAGUUUUACGGUUUUGUAUGUGAAAUAGACUGCAGCGUGCGUACUGUUGCCAAUUACGUGCAAUCAUCAAGUACUAGUGGAGUUGAAUGUUUUAUAGAAAGUCUGAUUCUAUUUUUAAAUCAUAUAAGCAAGUUUUUUACCAAAACUAAAUUGCAUACAAAAGUACUGGCCACAAAUGUUUGCCUCUUUGCGUGUGAUUUGUGGACAUUACUGUACAAUGCCAUACUUUUAAUAGCUGAAAGAAUUUGGUGGACACUUACGUUGAUCCCGAGAUUGCUGUUGGGUACUAUAGCGGAUGCGGUGGAUUUGGCUGUGCAUUUUAUAGCCUCUGUACUUCGAGAGAGCAUAUCGCAUGUCGAAAAAUUUGUAACCCAUAUGUUCUUUGUGAGUUCCAUUCUGAUGGUAAUAUUAGUCUUGCAAUUCGUGUGGUUCCACCGUCGCAUAUGCUUUUCCCUUCUACUGUUUUGGCUGAGAAAAUUUGGAAAAUUUUUCAGAUCUGGCAUAGACAAGACGAUACUGUGUACUAAAGAAGUAUUUUCAGGCAGACAAAUAAAAUUUGAGAAUUGUUGUGUAGUCUGCCAAGAUCGUUUGAAGUCAGUUGUCCUGCUGCCCUGCAGACACUUAUGCUUGUGCAAAGAUUGUGCUACCCAUCUACUCUUUAUUAACCAGCAACCUAAUUGCCCCUUAUGUCGUGCUGGUAUUACUGAUUCCAUGUCAGUGUAUAUGUGAUAUUUACUUUCAGUAAUAUUUUAUAAAUUAUUUACUGCCAUCUCUAUCUAAUUUAGAUAAUUUUUU